CAGGAGACCGAGUUCCUGGACAUAUCCAGCAUCCGGGACACGCGCACGGGAAAGUAUGCCAGGACUCCAAAGGAGGGCAAGCUGCGUGACUCGGUGUCCAUGGGCGCGCCGGAUGUGCCACUGGAGGAGAAGACAGUGACAGUGUUGUACGGGCCCGACUUGGUGAAUGUAAGCGCCAUCAGCUUCUGCGGAACGAGCCGCGAUGUGGCGCAGCUGUGGUGUGACGAGCUGCUGAGCAUGGCGUACAAUCUGCUCUCACUCAACGCGCCAGCCGCCACCUUCCUGGAGAAGGCGCACACCAAACUGCUUCUGUGCACUGACCGCGAGGGUCGCCUGCCUGUCAAGAGCGUGCUGCGCAUGUUUGCCCAGCACCGCGACGACCGUAAGCGAGUCGAGCGUGCACUCGAAGCUGUCGGGUUGGCUGCCGGCAAGAACGACACCCUGGCGCCCGAGCGCCUUAGCCUCGAUGUCUUCCUGCGCUUUUACCGGCAUCUGGUGGGACGCCAAGAGGUGGACCUUAUAUUUGAUCAGCUUUGCGGAAGUUCCAAAAAAAAGGCAAUGACAGUCGACCAGCUCGUGGACUUCCUCAACAAAGAGCAGCGGGACCCAAGGCUUAACGAGAUAUUGUACCCUUACGCUAAUCCAGCUCGUGCCAGAGACAUCAUAGCCCAGUACGAGCCAAACAAAAGCUACGUGGGCAAAGGUCUCUUCUCGGUGGAUGGCUUCCUGCGUUACCUCAUGAGCGCCGACAACCCGAUUGUGUCACCAGAGAAGUUUGACCUGAGCAUGGACAUGGACCAGCCCCUGAACCACUACUUUAUCAACUCCUCGCACAAUACGUACCUCACUGGACAUCAACUCACUGGCAAGUCGUCAGUGGAGAUGUACCGCCAAUGCCUGCUGGCAGGCUGUCGCUGCGUGGAGCUUGACUGCUGGACGGGCCGCAACUCAGACGAGGAGCCCAUUGUGACGCAUGGCUACACAGUGGUCACCGAGAUCCUCCUCCGGGAGGUGAUCGAGGCCAUUGCCGAGAGUGCCUUUAAGACCUCUGACUUUCCCGUCAUAUUGUCCUUCGAGAACCACUGCUCGCCCAAGCAACAAGCCAAGAUGGCCACGUACUGCCGCAAGCUGUUUGGCGACAUGCUGGUGACCGAUCCGCUGCCGUCGCACCCUCUGCGUCCAGGGCAGCCUUUGCCUUCGCCUAAGCAGCUGCUGCGUAAGAUCAUCAUCAAGAACAAGAAGAAGCACCACCACGCACGACACCACCCUCACUCUGCUGGAUCCAAGCCCUCUUCAGCUGCGGCUACGGCUAUGGCCGCAGCCACUGCUGCUGCAGCAGUGCCUGUUGAAGAGGAGGAUGAUGAUGUCUCGUCGCCGCUGGACCUGGCUGCCGUGCCACACGUUGACACCGGAGAGGUCAAUGGCGAAGCCAAGGGCAUUGGCUCGGAGGCGGAGGAAUGGGAAUCCGACUCCGGCACAGAAGAAGAAGAGGUCCCGGACCGGUCAGCCGAAGACCAGAAUGAAGGCACCGCUGCAAAGGAGUCCGAGGCUGUUGCGGAAAUGUCUGCACUCGUAAACUACAUUCAGCCGGUGCGAUUUCACUCCUUCGAGCACACCGAAAAACGGGAUCGCAGUUACGAGAUCUCAUCUUUUGUUGAAACCCAAGCCACGAACUUGCUCAAGGAACACCCUGUAGAAUUUGUCAAUUAUAACAAACGCCAGCUGAGUAGAAUAUACCCAAGCGGCACGCGCGUCUCUUCUAGUAACUACAUGCCACAAGUAUUUUGGAAUGCAGGCUGCCAACUUAUAGCUUUAAAUUUUCAAUCACUAGAUCUAGGGAUGCAGCUGAACCUGGGAAUUUUCGAGUUCAACGGACGCAGCGGAUACCUGCUCAAGCCAGACUUUAUGCGGAGGGCCGAUCGCAAGUUCGAUCCCUUUACGGAGUCCACAGUUGAUGGCAUUAUUGCUGGAACAGUUUCCAUCAGGAUAAUCUCUGGUCAGUUCCUGACAGACAAGCACGUGGGCACGUAUGUGGAAGUGGACAUGUUCGGCCUUCCGGCUGACACUGUACGGCGGCGUUUCCGUACCCACACCGUGCAAGCGAAUGGCAUCAACCCUGUCUACGAUGAAGAACCAUUUGUCUUCAAGAAGGUUGUUCUCCCGGACUUGGCUGUUCUGCGCAUUUCGGCGUGCGAUGACAGCGGGAAGCUGUUGGGGCACCGCAUCUUGCCCGUGGUGGGGCUACGUCCGGGCUACCGGCACAUCUCGCUGCGCAACGAGUCGGGCCAGCCGUUGCUGCUGCAGACCCUGUUUGUGCAUGUCACCGUGAAGGACUACGUGCCUGACGGUCUUUCGGAAUUGGCGGACGCCCUGGCUAACCCCAUCAAGUACCAAUCCCGCAUCGAGAAGCAUGCCACGCAGUUACGCGCCCUCACGGACGACGACCUGGACGAGGGUGCUCCUGCAAGCGAAAGCCGCAGCCCGUUGCAGACUGCUGCACCACAAGUGAAGGCUGAAGCAUCAGCAGCCAGUUCCGCACCACAGCCGCACCAACAUGUAGCCACUGCGGCUUCUUCGACGCAAGGUGCGAGUGCGGAAUCACAAGUUGCCACUGCUGUGGAUUCCAUGGAUGGUGGGCUGCCACCCUCAGCACUCAAUGGUGGCAUCCAGCGGAGUCCUGCUACUAAUCUGGCCAGGCAGGACACAUUGAACCGCAAGCUGGACCAAACAGUACGGAGCCUAUCAGAUGAGGGAACCCAGGAAAGAACACUGUCAUUAUUGGAGUCUGCCGAGGCGAAUCUUUUGGCGGAGCCUCUGUCCAAGCUGCGUGAGCACAAGUCGGUGCAGAAGGUGCAGGCAAAGCUGGAGAAGGAGCUGGGAGGCCUGCGCAAGCGCUUCGACAAGCUGCGCGAGAAGGAGCGUGAGGGCCAGCUUCAGCGUGCUGACAAGUUGGCUCAGGCGGCUGAAAAGCACCGCGCCCAGCUCUCCAAGUCACACUCCAAGCUGGGAAAGAAGUUCUCGUGUGGCGAUGUCAUGGCAUUCAAACAGCAGAACGAAUCGCAGAUCCAGACAUUGGAUGCCGAGCACAAAGCAAAGAAGGAGGAACUGCAGCAGAGUCACAACCUAGCCAUGAUGAACAUCACCAAGGACCAGUACCGAGCUGAAAUGGAUAUUCAACAGAAGUACAUGGACUCGCUUUUCAGCGCCAUGGAAAAAGCGAUGCAAGCCUCUCAAGCGGCACAGAUGCAGAUUCUGCAAAACCUUCAUGACAGGGAGGUGAGUGAGCUGAUGAAGCGGCUAGAAGCACAGACAAAAGAGGAGAUGCGCAACCUCAACAAAAAGCACAAGGACAAGAAUGAACUAGACAGGAUAAAACGGGAGUUGCAGCAGAAGAUGAUUGGCGAGGCGGUUUCAGAGCGGCAACGGAUCAAAAGCCUGCUGGACAAGAAGAAAGCCGAGCUGGAAAGGCAACACGAAGAAGUGCGUAAAAGCUUGGAGGAAGAAAAGAGCCAGGCGGCGCACAAGUGCAACCAGGAGUAUGAGCGCAAGUGCAGCGAGCUGGACAGCUCCCUCAGCCAGAACCCCAACCUAUUUGCCAUUGCUGAGCCGAGCGACCUGCGACGCCAGAGCACUGCCCUCUAGCCACCAGCUGGAGAUUUCCGCACACCGGUGCCUCAAUGGGAUUCCCACCCUCUCCUCACCACCAGCCAUGGUGACCACUGUUUUAGCACUCAAAGGGUCAGGUGACCAGGUGGGUGAGCCCUCAUGACAGCCUCGAGCACAACAAAGCAGCUCAAAAACAGAAGGUAUAGUCUCAGUGCGCUGUGUUGCUUUUAGAAUGCUUGGAAUGUUUGCUUAGGUUUCUUGCUGCUGUAAACAGUUAGGGCAAAAACUCUUUUAUUCCGCAUAGCCUCACGUGUAAAACGCCCCAAAGCAGCAGCUACGCAGUAUUGUACAAUCCUGUCACUUGAUGUUUUUGUGGGUUUGUAGUGACACACCUUGUGCUCAAGUUGAAAUGCGUAAUGGAGUGAACAUUGAACGUCUGUUCUUUCUGUGGUUAAGGCACGAACGUGCAUUUAAAUUGGGCGAACUGUGUGACGCUUCACGAAAUUAUGGAUGACUGUUUUGGUUCCCAAACAUUAAGCAACCAAAUUGAACAAUCGGUGGCUGUCGCUUUGCUGCAAAAUGUUCCAGGUCUUUGAAAGUUUGUGCUGAGUGUUGCAAUGUUUCUAUUAAAUCACUUUGUAAUAAUGCUGCUUUAAGAAGCUAAGAAACUGCAUUUUCACAUUUCCUUGAAGUCAUCACAUCCUUCAAGUAUGAUUUCGAAUAAACACUCAGAAAAAUUUUUAAGAGUUAACGAGUGCUUCAUUCUUUGUGAUAACUUAUAUACUAACGAAAUUCAUUUUUAAGAGGUUGUGAUUCUCUGGCCACAAAGCAUAUGCCUAUUGUGAAUUAUGCUUCUACGUCCUUAUGCAUUUCAAACAACAUACAUGGUCAGCAUCUUGUGAUAGCACAGCAGAAGAAGGAAAUAGUUUUUGAACAUCAUUUGUUGCACAGAGUGUAACGCUCUUUUUAAGUGUUCCCUUGGCAUGAGGAUAUUACAAGACUUAUCCUCCUGGGCACCUUCAAUAUGUCAUCGUAACUUGCAACACCAAGCGUUGCAGGAUUUCUUCUGACUCAUUAUCGUUGACAUUUCACACCGGAGUGUGCAAUGGCGGUCUACGCUAAAAUGAAUUCCCAAAAUGAACGUUCUGUGCUGCAUUCCCUUUUUUUUGUCUGGCAUGUACUUCUAAUUUAUUUCAUGUAUACAAUUCACCAUAUGCAGUAAACCGUGUGCACAGUGCAAUGUCACCCCUGCCCAAAAUUUUGCUGUGAAUGAUUUAGCUGAUGUGCGCGACAUUCGCUGAAUUCUGUCAUUUAUUAGAUUGCGAGCCAUGCUGUGCAGCUGCUGCUCAGGGGCCAUACGUACAAAGAGGUGUGUCAGUACUUAGGACUUGUCCGCCGGUCAUCUUUGCCUUUCGCCGGGUCUUCAUUCCUUCUUUGCCUUAGCUUAGGUGGCAAAGUUUUGGCACAGGCUCCCGUAACUUCCCUGAUUUCACUCGUGUUGUCAUGGCCUCAAGUUGGCUGUCUUACAGCUUGGAUAUUUUAACGACUUGCAUGCACAUUUACACGUGGCAGCACAGUGUCGACACAUUUUGUGUAGAACACAUGAUGUAAAUCUUGACGCCAUGUGUUGUACCAGUUACAACAGCAGAAAGAUGCACAUCGGGCCAUCUACCGAUAGCGGCUGUGCUUGCUGCAUUUAUAUUGCGCUCUCUCACCAUUGUCACAGACAUGUACUUUAAUUAUGUAACAUUUACUGACCGAAUCAUUAUUGUGUAUCUAAUUUCUACAUUGAAAACAUUGUUAUGACAAUUGUGAAAUUGCUUGAUAACGCCGCUUUUAUUGUUACUUGUUUCGCAUAUGUAUAUUAUUCUGCUAUAUUGGCUUGUUUUUCAUUUUCUGUCAGCGUGAAAAGAGAAUUUAAAACUAGUGCUUAUACAUGUACGAAAGCAAUGUGUUUUCAGAGAACAAGCAAGGAAAAUAACCAAUUAUACAAUCACUGUUCACUUGCGUGGCACAUGCUCCCAGUGCUGGCACCCAUGACUAGCCAUUCCACUUCCUCGGCCACACAAAACCGACCACAUAAGCACUCAGCCUUGUCACUUGUCCGGCUGAUGUUUGCCCACAUGCACAACCUGUACCGCAGUUUCCAUGUUGUCUGCACACUUAAAUAUCUCCAGCUACAUGAAAGGGGAGGAGGGUUAAUGCAGAGUAUUAUGCUAGCCAAAAGCAGGGUAACGAAGAUGGCACUGUUUCACUGAGCAUGCAAGCUCCGCCUUGUAUGGCGCUGUGUGAACUUACUUCAGUCGCGGUGCUGACGCUCAAGGCUGCAUGCUGUGUCGGGGCACGCAAGCCAACACCAUAAUAAUUUCAGGGUCUAAGUACCAGCUGAUAUUGCUCGUGCUAAUAAUUCAACAGGGAUAUUAUACUGUAACUUCAAUAUAGGAGUCCGCCGCUGCUCACACAAGCCCUGUCAAGGUUAGCGGUUUAUGAUGUCGCAUCAGUCACAGCGUGUUUACGUGCACAGUGACUGGGUCACAAAAUUCUUUAUGAUAACUGCUCCAUCAUUUGCUGUUCUAGGACACUGUCAAGUUUCACAGUGCAUCAUCUGGGAAUGAUGAAUUCACAGUAUUUCACUCGCGUGAACUUGGGACAGUAUUAUUCAUACUGCUUGCUGCUGCUCAUUAACGUAGUAAACCAUAAAGACAUCGGAUUUCGUAACAAAAAAUGUGUACCAGUAAGCACAUUCAAAAACGAUGUUUCAAUGGGAUGUUUUAUCUUUUUUUCUCGGCCUUUAAACUCAAAAAGGCAAUAGCCAGCUGCAAAGUAAUGGCUCGCUGUUAUUACCUUUUAAUUGCUUUUAUUAGUCAUUAUGAAUGCAGAAUCAAAGUGUAACAUGCCGUGUCUGUAAUUACGUUAUCAUUCUCGGUUGUUUGUAUCUAUUUUUAGGUUUGCAGUUACGAUAAUAUUCGCUGCCUUAAACAUGAAGUAACAUUCGGCAUAGAAUUAGAAUGUCAUGUAGCUUUAAAAGGCAAAAGAAAAUCAGUGUUGUGCAGUUCCUUAACCUAAUUUUGAUUUUUUGCCUUUUAAAACAUCACAAUUUUUUAAAUCAAACCACUUGCAGUGCUUUUUCACAGAGAUAAAAAGCUCACAGGGUCCCCAUGCAUUCGCCUCAGACGACUCAAAGAGUGAAAGCCAUCGGUGUGGCUAUUUUAUCGUGCUCUUUAUAUCACUCCAACUCUGCUUUGCUUUCUUUUUUUAGUCACGCAAAUGCCGCAUAGAGGACUGGAAUGCUUGGGUUGCACGGCUGCAACCAUGCUCGAGAGAUCACGGGACUUUUUAGUACCUCAUAUUUGCUUUUUGUUUGAGACCACCUUUCGCGUGAGACAUGUGUAACGCUUUUGCCUUAAUUUCUUGGGUUUUACGUGCCAAAACCACAAUGUGAUAGUGAGGCACACCGUAAUGGGGCACUACAGAUUAAUUUAGACCACAUUGUGUUCUUUAACAUGCUCAUAAAUCUAAAUAGAUGAGUCUUCUUGCAUUUCACCCGGGCACAAAUGCGGCUACCGCAGCUGGGAACGGAACGCUCGCCCUCGAGUUUAACAGCGCGACAGCUUGUCUGCUUAAGCUACCAGGUCGAGUAAAGUUACGAAUAUGCCAGCAUGUGCAAAAAGAAAUUUGAUAUUUCUGCUGUGAUAAAAUGCACAAGAAAGAUGAGAUGUGAAACGAUGAGGGAUUGAGAAAUAUGAGAAUUUAAAAAAAAAAAAAAAAAGCUUGUGAUGUAGCAGUUAUACCGCUGAAAUAUUGCGGGUGUGUGUGCGUUGUAAUAAAAAAAGUGUGCUUUGGCGUUGAUGUGAUGUUUUACAUAGAAAAUUAUUUCGAGGGUCUCAUUAGAUUACAAGAUAAUGACAUAGUUAGCCCAAAGCGUUCUGUGUCUUAAGUGUCAUCACGUUUGUCUUGCCUAUUCCUUGGUCCAACGUCUAUGAUCUGAAUUUUCAAAUGAGAAAAAUGGCGCAUUUCUGGUUAAUAUACUGUGCAUAUAAGUUGUUGUCUAUUAAGAGGAGAUAUGAAUAAUGAAUUUUCUUGCAUUGAUUUAUUUAUACACCCACAGAAUAGAUUGAGUACAAAGGGUGUCUUUUUGUCCCGCAACAAUAGUUGUCAUCUGGCUUGCUUGCGUUUCCUUUCUUGAAAACUCGGCGCUGGCCACUUUCCUACCAAGAAUGCUAUGUCACGCCGAUAGCGCAUACGCCAUUCGUGACCAGAAAGUGCCAGGCGAGCGGCGAUAAUGCAAGGAAAGGAAGGCAAAAUAAAUGACCAUUAUUGUUCUGGGACAAAAAGACGCCCGUUUUACUCGAUCUAUUCUGUGAGUGUACCUUUGAAAGCAAAUUUGGGAGUAUGGCACACAUUACACUUGUUUUACAUUCAAUAGCAAGUCCCCAUUCACCAUCGCGCAAAAACCGUUGUGGAAUUCCUCGUAGCAAUAUCACCGUAAAAAAUCACUUUGGCAUAUGAGCUAGAAGUCGUUGCACACAGCAGCAGGUUUACUCAAAGACAGGAAGGAGAGCAAACCACUGUGGCUGGUAUUUCGUAUGUGAAUAAGGACACGUAGUUUAGUUAGGCAGACAACUGCUAGCAAUGGAAAGAUGUCAACAUGUGCAAUGAACAUGGAUUUUUUUGCAUGCCUGCAGGUGCACAAAGCUGUUCCAAUACACUGAGGGUCGUGCUUUUAAUGGGGUGUUUCUUAACACUGCUUCGUUGUUGUCACCUUCGCAUAACUGCAUAUUGUCUCGCACACAUAAAUUUUGACACUACUGCGUCCUUGAAGACGAGAGACGAAAUAGAUGCACAUGUGUGUUGCACGUUCUUCUGUGUUCUGUUGACGUGCAUUUUCGUGCACCCACUCGUUUUGAGACAAGAGGUGACUUGCCCGGAAGAACGGCAUUUUAAGCACAGAUUUGUUUUCUGUUUUGAGCAGUAAGUAUUGUGCUCGUGAGCAAUUACAGCUAUCGCUGGAAUUACAUGCGACUUAUUGUACAUAUGCACGCGCUGCUUGAUGCACUACUGCCUCGCCUGGUCUUUGGGUGACGUCAAGCUGCAUACGCAGCUUUUAGCCUGAUGUGAUCAUCCAGCAUGUAGAAUGGAAUUGAUUCGAUUUGCUUUUUCUUAGACAUCCAUAGGGAAUUGGCUGCUCUCUGCGGUCGUCACAUCCAGAAGCACACCGUCAAUCAAUUGCUGCUGAAAAAGCUACUGUUAGAAUAUGGCUGCGUAUUUUCCAAAAAUUUAUUGUAUAAUUGCACAAAACGGUGUUUGUUAAUGCAGGUAGAUUAUUUGCCUACAAUUGUUAGAAUUGAUAGAAAGCUACACUAGUAAACGAAAGUAAGCAGUGCGGAACGCAGAGAGCCCCAAAUGCCGACUAUUGAUCAGAAGGUUCCACUGAGACGUAAAAGAACUUAGGCACAAAUCUUUUCUGUGAAUGCCCAGGAAUUGGUUUGGCACAUGUGCAUCUGUGUGCAGAGAAUAUCUGUUUAAGUGUGAUGCAUCUUCUUUAUCAUGCACCCCCACUAAUUCAGACAUGCCAGUCCUCAGCCAUCAGACUCAUUCCUUCAUUUUAAUAUCCGUAUAAAACUGUGCACUCAUUCAUCGAGCUUUUGCAUGCACUUACAGUUGCAACAGUCGAACAAAAGGUUAAAAAUUGAUUUUUCUGGCUAACGCCCGUUUGUGCCCAAUUAAACUCUGAAUAAUCCACUAACUAGUGUGCCAUAAGCAGAAGCGACCGUAGGUGAAAGGAAUUUUAUAAACUGGAUCAGCACAGAAUUCCGUAAACUUAUCUAUAUGUUCUAAAUGAAAAACAGCAGAUAAUAAAGCCGAGGAAGGUAUAGGCGAUGUUAAUUAUAUCAUUUUAAGUGUAUUGUAGUAAUUGUGAAACUAAAGAAAUUAAAGCGGAUGAAAAGACAACUUGCCGGGCAGAGACCGAACCUGCAACCUUCGGAUCCGAGGGUUGAUUCACAUCUGUAUCACGAUUACUACAAUACACUUAAAACAGUGUAAUUAACAUCCCCUACACCUUCCUUGACUUGAUUAUCUGCUGGUUUUCAUUAAGGUUGUGUCAAACAAAGAAGCGGGCCCUCAAAAUUUUCUUGCUUCAUUCUAUAUGUUCUAAGAAUCACAUUCCUGUCAUUGUUUUGUCGUGUUCCUGCUCUUUCUUUUCUACAUGGCAGCGCAUGACUUCCUUAGCUUAUUGGCAAGAGUAAAAACGUUGUUCACCCCGUAUCUACUUCUUACUUUCUUUAGCCUGUGUUGUGAAAAAUGCAUAUCGCCAAUACCUACGACUGUCUUGUUCUUGUUGCUUGCUGCAUAGAUAUUCAGAGUUGAUAAAACAUGCAUUUUUUGAAGCCGUUUAUGGCGUCUGGUCAUUCGAGGGCGCAUGAGUAAAUAUUUCAACGCCUUGAAUAUUCAAGACUUACUCAAUGUGUUCGAAUGAUUGCUUGCGGUUACAAAUCUUUGAAACUAAUAUAUUGAAGUUCAAGGUAGUUGGUUUGCGUUACGUGUUAAAUCACUAUGCAUGUGGCGUGCCAAAGUUAACAUACACUGGCAUACCAUGAUGAAGCUUUUGCGAGCUUUAUGUUUAACCUUUAUGAUUGAAAGAGCCAUUCGCUUCAGAAGAGCAGUGCUGAAAUUUUGGCUAUCACAGCCUAUUUUUCCAAACGAAAUGCUUAGUUAUAGGGGUUUUCAGUGCAUCUUCUAUGACAUUCCUUGCUUCAUAGGUGGUGCUGCCUGUGGUGUGCAUUUCAUUGCACUGUCAUCUUUGAGCACAGGGCCUAUUGGCUAUGCCAGAAGGCAUCGCAGUGUUGAAAAGUAGUCGGCUACUCCGGUGUUGCCAACAUUCCUUAAAUGAGCUUAUCAAUAAGACUUCACAAAAGCGCUGUUUGCUGUGAUGCAAUGUUUUGUUAUAUCAAGUACAUACAGAAUCUUGGUGUAGUUGUUAAUUCAUUGAAACGUUCCUUUAGUGUGUAGCGCAUGAUUAAUGCCUCAUGUUACUGCGUAUAUGCAUCCCCUAAUCAAGUGAUGCCCAAUUAACCACGUGUUGUGUUUUGUUUUGUGUCCUUGUAAUACAUUUUAGUUGUUCCUGCCAAGAUGCUAUGUAAAUUUCUGAGCAUUGUUUGCAUGCACGCAAUCUGUUGAUUUUUUUUCUGCAGUAGGUCCCUUGUUGAUACAGGCUUUAUGGUACAUGCAAGGCACCUUAGAUGACAGAGUGGCUAAAAAUAACCAACAUGUUUUUAUCGGACGCUACACGGGCCUUCCCUUAGCAACAUGAUGUGGCAGAGCUGGUUCUUGGAUGAGCUGGUCCAUCUCGAUAGCAUUGAAAAGGGCGCGAACACAUACAGUGACAAAAAAUUAAACUAAUUUGUUACAUUUCUCACUGCAUAUGCAAUGAGAAAAAUAAUUAAUUACUUGUUCCUUUGCAUAGUAAGAUUACUUUGUUAAAUCAGUGUACCACUUUGAAUCUGCAGAUGAGAAAAAUUCAAGGUUGCUGAUACGCUCACCAAGCCUCACAUAAAGAAUGUAAACUUCCAGCAUAAAGUUUCUUUAGUUAUAUUCCUUACAUUGUGAUUUCCUCAAGAACUGAAGAGAUUGCGAGCAUAUGUGUUGUUACAUGAGUUUUCUGUGAUGUGAAACCGAAUAGCUGUUGUUUCAUUAUGUUGAAAAGAUGCAAAAAAUAACUCCACAUGUAGAACAGGCUAUAUGAAAAAAAAAAUACCGUCAUGCUUCUUUUAGUGGUAGUAACUUUGAUAAAUGCCAAGCGCAUAAGUAAGGCAUCAAAAAAAUCAACUUAAAGCUGUGACAUUUGCACUGAUGCCUUCUGGUUGCCAAAGUAAUCGUUAGAAAGAAAUGACUCGGUUCAAAAUGUGCUUUUGUAUCAACGUAUUUAUGACUCGUUAACGUUUGCAAUCAUGUGGACAUUAAGGGAACUACGGUAUUUUUAGCAACAUUUUUUCUUAUGCUAAUGCAUUUUUCUGUUUAGCCAGUGUUCGGAGCCCACAUUACCAAGGGGUUCAGCUGCCCUUGAGUGGUGGAUAAGGUCAGCACAGAACCGUGUAUAACGCACUGCUACAAAUUACCGGCACUGCAGUUUAUGCUUCGUGAAAGCACAAUUGGCCAAGUAUUUCUCACGUCUUGUGCUUUUGUAACAUUUUUCACAUCUUGUGCAUUUGUUUGUGACCGUAAAAGUUGACUUUAAGAAAAUUUAAUGACAUACUUGUUACAGAUCGACUCGCAAAUUCAUAAGUGCUUAUAACGCAUUUGUGUUUAACGUGAACACAAUUCGUGAACACAAUUUUUCGAGGCCACGUACUUAGUUUUUGGUAGAGCUGUUUUCUGAUAUAGUAAAUAAUGAUUGCACAUUUGCUCACAAUUUUAUAAGCUAUUUGUGAACAUGAAAAUGUGCACUCAUUGUUCAUGCAUGUAUGUUUAAGUUAUUAUUGCUUUUUUUUUAAGUGUUCUGCUGGAAAAGUAUUUUUCCUGUGCCACACAAUGUUUGCUCGAGAAAUUUGUGCUACGACUUGUGGCUUUCAUGCAGGCACUGGCAUUCGAAUUCUUUUCAUGACAUCGCUGUUCCCAUACUCACCACAAUGAGGUGGGCAACAACAUAAGUAGAUGGACAUAAACACACCUCAAAAUUCAUGUAAAACCCCUUGUGUUAUCGUCCUCCUAUUCCAUGUGCCGACUGGGGAUGCAAGACACAUUCAGGCAUUCAUGGUGACAAAAGUUGUGCUGUAUCACCGCUGAAGUACGCUCGGCAAGCACACAUAUAGAAACCUGCAAGUUCAUUUGAAAGUCGUGUACAGGAAUGCAGGCAGACAAAUGAGUGUCUUUUUUCGCGUGCGUGUGAUAAAGAUUUCUUUUAUUGACAGUCAUUCUAGCUGUCUAGAACAAGAUAAAGUCAGUCAUUUGGGCUGUUAUGACUUGUAAAGCCUACGAGUUAAUAUAAAAUCGAUAAGCUUGCGUUCUGUGCGUUAUCAAUUGUUGGUACACCAAGUCACUUGCCAACUUUAUCAGUCUUGUUUUCCCAGCAUUCUUCAUGCAUUUUCUCAUGUGAAGCACGCGUAAAAUAGAAAAAAAAAGGCUUCGAUGCAAAAAACGCUGAACAAGUUUCAAGGGCCACUUUAGUAGCAGCUGGACAAUGGCUUGCUAUGUGCAUUUCGAAGCAUUUGGGAAAAUAUUUACUAUAAGUCUUUUACAAUAGAUGCAGGCACAUGGUUCACAAAAGUCAGGGGUAAAGAAGAUGCAAAAAGGAAGAAGAAAAAGUGGUAAAAGAAAACCCAACAUUUUAUAUUGUCCAAUGCACAAGACAAAGCAACUGAAACUGCAGAGAUGUAAGGGAGAGUCAGUUGUGCAGCUUAGUUACUUUGGGGCUAUGGUUAUUGUGCACAGUAAGUUCUCUCACCAAGUGCAUAGCUUUUUGUCAUAGAAAUAUGCAUAUG